CUAUGUUCUACUGGUGAUUCUGUACUAAAGCGAGAAGCAACUUUUUUUUUUCCUCCGGUGAAAGAGGCGGUUUCCUUUUGGUGCUUAUUCUGUCAGAGAACACAAUAUUGUGUGGGUCUUGAAAGUUCAAUGACGAUGCAUUAAAAAAAAAAAGUUGAAUAAUUAAAACUCCGCUUUUGCAAACUGCUAGCAGUCAACAAGUUCCGAAAAUCUGUUCUCUCGAAAUGGUGGAUCAGCGUGCUUCUCUGUCAUUUGUAUUUAUUUUAUAUUAAUCACGAGAAAGUAAUACCUGAGAAAUGCUCCCCAUGUGAAGUCAUCCUUGCCACAUGAUGACAUCCUGCUGUUCUUCCUCCUCCUCUCCGACUUGAUCCACCUGCCGGCUGCCAUUGGCCAAGCCGAGAGCCAAUGGCGCGCCGGCUCUGCGCAGCGCAGAGGGGAGGGGUGCCCCUUUCAAAUGGUGCGGCCGGACCUUGACAAGGUCCGUCUUUGCUCAGGCACCAUUGUCACUACGGCUGCUGGAGUCACAACAACGGGGGAGCCCGAAGAUUGAUAGGAAGGUUGUUGCUUGGUCUGGACCCCAACUAAAAAGCUUUUUCCUGAUCCCACCUCGGAGCAUGGUGGCAUAAGCCCACAUGGAUUUAGUCGACCUCUACCUCCCCGAGUGCUUCACGUACCACCCUGACGCACAACACGCGGGCAGGAUGUCGGUGAGGGGUCCGGACCACCCGUGUCCCUCGUCUAUCAAGCGCGAGCCAUCCAGCCCCAGCAGCUCGCAGGGAGACUCCAGCCCGCCCCAGCCCAGCCCCGCCAGCUCGUCCUCGGACACCAACUCCAGCUUCGGGCCCCCGACCAAGGGCCACGGUCACGGCAAUGAGUUGGGCUCCACCCAUAGCGGAGGGCCAAUCAGGCGGUUGGUGGAGGACGAGGCCCAAGUGAAAUGCGAAUUCCUGCUGGGUUCCGUGGCGAAGCGCCUGUGUCUGGUGUGUGGCGAUGUGGCGUCGGGCUACCACUACGGUGUCGCCUCGUGCGAGGCCUGCAAGGCCUUCUUCAAGAGGACCAUCCAGGGCAACAUCGAGUACAGUUGCCCCGGCUCCAACCAAUGUGAAAUCACCAAGCGGAGGAGGAAGUCGUGCCAGGCGUGUCGGUUCGUCAAGUGUCUGGCCGUCGGAAUGCUGAGGGAAGGUGUGCGUCUGGAUCGCGUUCGAGGCGGACGGCAGAAGUACAAACGGCGAAUGGACGGCGACGACGGCGACUGCUCCUAUCGCCACCUGCACGGUGUCCUGCCGCACAAGAAAGCGUCGGGUGAUAACCAAGUGGUGUCACUGCUCCUGCUGGCCGAACCCGAGGCCAUCCUGGCCAUGGCCGACCCGACGGUGCCCGACAGCGACAUCAAGGCGCUGACAACGCUGUGCGACCUGGCCGACCGCGAGCUGGUAGUCAACAUCGGCUGGGCCAAACACAUCCCAGGCUUCCCGUCGCUGUCCCUUGCCGAUCAGAUGAGUCUCCUGCAGAGCGGAUGGAUGGAGAUCCUGAUCCUGCGCGUGGUCUUCCGCUCGCUGGCGCUGGACGAAAGGCUGGCGUACGCCGAGGACUAUGUGAUGGACCACGACCAGUCCAAGAUGGCCGGCCUGCUGGACCUCAACAACGCCAUCCUGCAGCUGGUCAAGAAGUACAAAAGUGUCAGUCUGGACAGGGAAGAGUUCGUCCUCCUCAAAGCCAUCGCGCUCGUCAACUCAGACUCAGUACACAUCGAAGACUCAGAGGCGGUCCAGCACCUCCAGGACGUCCUCCAGGGGGCCUUGCAGGACUACGAGGCGGCCCGCCACGCGCAGGACCCUCGGCGGGCCGGCAAGCUGAUCAUGAGCCUUCCUCUGCUGCGGCAGACGGCCGCCCGAGCCGUGCAGCACUUCUGCGGCAUCAAGCGGGAUGGUCGCGUGCCCAUGCACAAACUUUUCCUCGAGCUACUGGAGGCCAAAGCCUGAACGCCGGCGGGCGCUCGCGCACCCUCAAGACCGCAGAAGCUUCCGCUUUGAAAAUCCAUCAGUACCUUGGCUUAUAAGUGCCCUGCCUUACCGUUUCUUUUUUUUUUUUGGUUCUUUUUUUAAGUUAGGAGCCGUCGCUUUCUUGAUUUGUAUUUAUUUAUUUAUUUAUUAGGGGCUUUGUGUCACAAGCCGGAAUUUGAGCGACGAGAGAGCGUCAGAUGUGCUGUCACCUGAGUGAAAAACAAAAACAACUUGUCAUGAAUAAGACUUGAGGGGGCACUCCACGAUAUGUCCCACCUUAGGAGUUUUUCAAGUCGCUUGGUAUUCGUAUGAACCCAGUCCGUGUUGGAAAAACGGGUUGGGGACCACGAUCAUGUGACUUCCCGCAAAAUGGACAAAGAGCACGCGGGAUGAGGCUUCCCUCGGAUGCAUUUCGAGUUCCUCGCGCAAGGAGAACGUCGAAAGUCUCGCCAAAACAAGCGAUUCAAAACUCGAAAGCAGCAGAGCGACGUACGUAACGUAAUUUCAAAUGCAACUUGUGGGCAAGACGACAAACAAAACGGCAGAGAUUAAUCACCUCAUUAAAAAGAAAUAAAAUCCCCC